AUGCAAGUACCAUUGAUUCGACUCCAGUGCGGCGUGAAUAGCUACGACUGGGGCAAGAUUGGCAAGACCUCAGCAGCAGCCAAGUUUGCAGCUGCAACCGCCUCUGAUUUCUCGAUCCAAGAGGAAAAGCCAUAUGCGGAGUUAUGGAUGGGCACUCACCCCUCCCUCCCUUCCAAGGACCUCGAGACCCAGCGAACGCUCCUAGACCUCGUACAAGAUAACCAGGCGCUCCUUUCGAAAGACAUCGCCGAGAAAUACGAGAACAGGCUCCCCUUCCUGUUCAAGGUGCUCUCGAUCAACAAGGCGCUGAGUAUCCAAGCACACCCCAACAAGAAGCUUGCAGAGCAGCUGCACGCGAGGGACUCAAAGAACUAUCCCGAUGACAACCACAAGCCCGAAAUGACCAUCGCGGUCACACCGUUCGACGGUCUUUGCGGUUUCCGCCCGCUCGCCGAGAUAACGCAUUUCCUGAAGAACAUACCCUCACUGCGAUCCCUCGUCGGAGAGGACGAAGCCGCGAAAUUCGAGUCUGCCGUAUCUGGCAAGGAAACAUCCUCGAGCGAAUCCGACGUCGCGGCGAACAAGAAAGCACUGCAGGCUAUCUUCACAAAGGUCAUGAACACCGACAAAGACGCCCUAGCCACGGCCUCGAAACAGCUCCUCGAGGCCGCAAACUCAGAAGGCGCCCAAUUCGCCGGCGAAGGCGGCCCCUCCAACGACGGCAAAGAGCUCGCCGACCUCGUCAUCCGCCUCAACAGCCAGUUCCCCGACGACAUCGGGCUGUUCGUGCAGUUCUUCCUCAACUACGUGAAGCUCGAGGUCGGCGAGGCCAUGUUCCUCAAGGCGGACGACAUCCACGCUUACCUCUCCGGCGACAUCAUCGAGUGCAUGGCAUCCUCGGACAACGUGGUGCGCGCGGGUUUCACGCCCAAGUUCAAGGACGUCGACACCCUGACGAGCAUGCUGACAUACUCGUACGCGCCCAUCAGCGAGCAGAAGAUGGCGCCCGUCGACUACCCCUACACGACGCUGUCCGCCGCCGCCUACAGCUCCAACUCCUCCAGCAUCCUGUACGACCCGCCGAUCCCCGAAUUCGCCGUCGUGCGCACCGCGUUGAACAAGACCGGCGCGAAAGCCACGUUCGAUCCCAUCCAGGGUCCCAGCAUCGUGCUCUGCACAAAGGGCAAGGGCACGAUCAGCGUGGGGCCCAAGAAGGAGAAGAUCGAGGAGGGCUACGUCUUCUUCGUCGGCGCUACGGCCGAGCUGGUCAUCGAGAGCGAGACGGACGCCGAGGGCGGCGAGGGCCUCGUUACGUUCAAGGCUUUCUGCGAGCUUGGUAGCGAGGGGAAGCUAUGA